AUGGGCGUCGACAAACAUAUAAUCCAACCAUUUUCCAAGCCACUCACGACCGACAAACUCGUCUUCCAUCUCAUCUCUUUCGUCACUGGUUUAUCAGUCGGUAUUCUCAUCGCUUUACAGCUUAAAAGCUUUCCGCUUCUACUUUCUCAAGCCUCCUCUUUGGUCUAUAGUACUUCUUCUCCACCAGUUCCCCCGUCACCGUCGCCGUUGUUAUCACCGCCGGAUCCGUUGCCGGCGUCUUUGACGAAUGGAAGCACGUUUUCCGGCUCUAGCGUUACGGUUUCGUUGGAACAACGUAAGUCUUUGAUGCACAACAUGAGUGACGAAGAGUUGUUGUUGAGAGCAUCUAGGGUUUCGAGAAUGGAAGAAUAUUAUCGUCCGAAGGUAGCUUUCAUGUUCUUGACUAUUGGUCCACUUCCCUUGGCUCCGUUGUGGGAAAAGUUUUUUCAGUUAAACGAAGGCUUGUACACGAUCUACGUUCAUUCACAUCCUGAUUACAAUGAAACAAUCCCUCAAACUUCAGUCUAUUAUGGUCGAAGAAUCCCCUGCCAGCCGGUGCAUUGGGGGACUGCAUCGAUGAUAGAUGCAGAGAGACGACUACUUGCAAAUGCACUUCUUGAUGUAUCAAAUCAAAGAUUUAUUCUCCUAUCAGACUCAUGCAUUCCCCUCUUCAACUUCAAGAAAACCUAUGACUACCUCAUCACCUCAAACCUAAGCUUCUUGAGCGUGUACGAUGAUCACCGGAAACCCGGUCGGGGUCGAUACAAUCCCCAAAUGUCACCCGCAAUUAAUCUCACCGAUUGGCGGAAAGGGUCUCAGUGGUUCGAAAUGCAUCGCGAGAUGGCCUUGCACGUUGUUUCCGACCAGAAGUAUUAUUCGAUUUUCCGAGAGUACUGCCACCCGCCUUGCUACAGCGAUGAGCAUUACAUACCUACGUUGGUGAACAUGUUUUACGUGGAAUCAACCUCGAACCGGAGCGUUACGUGGGUUGACUGGUCGAGAGGAGGGCCUCAUCCGAGGAAAUUCGGUGCUCCCGAUAUCAACGAGGAGCUUCUGAAUCGAACUCAAAAUGGAUCGGAAUGCAUUUACAAUGGGAAUACAACUUCAAUAUGCUUCUUAUUUGCUAGAAAGUUUUCACCAGGCACCUUGAAGCCCUUGCUGCGGCUCCUUGAUUUUGACAACUGAACAAUUCUUUUGUUCCAAAUUGUUCAAUAACAACUGCAAAUCUUGGAUUUCACCUGUUUUCCCCUUUAUUUUUA